AUGGCGACUUGCUAACUACAUGUGGUCGACUUAUCAGUUGUAUACUGAGGGUUUUUAAAAGCUAUAAUACGAAUUCUAGUCAGUUUUACAAUGGAUGGUGAAAAUAAUACGGAAACAAAGGCCGAAGGAAGCGCCACCAUGGACUGUGAAAACAGCACUACAGCAGAAUUUAAGGAAGUCAAAUCGAAGAAGACUAAGAAGCGCAAGUUGGGAGAAGUAGAAAUGGAAUCCGACGAGACUGUGGCACACAAGAGACCUGAGUUUCCUCCAAUCUCUGGGGAGAAAUUGAAGGGAGGUUCUGAUGAAAUGCGGAAAAUUCCUGUACCUUCUCACCGAUACACACCUUUAAAAGAAAACUGGCUGAAGAUUUUCACUCCCAUCGUUGAGCAUUUACAACUUCAAGUCAGGUUUAACCUGAAAACAAGAAAUGUUGAAAUUAAGACAUGUAAAGAAACGCAAGACAUUGGCGCACUCACAAGGGCUGCAGAUUUUGUGAAGGCGUUUGUGUUGGGAUUUCAAGUAGAGGAUGCACUCGCUCUGAUCAGAUUAGAUGAACUUUUUCUUGAAACAUUUGAUGUGACAGAUGUGAAACCCCUCAAAGGAGACCAUCUUUCCAGAGCCAUAGGGAGAAUAGCUGGGAAAGGAGGAAAAACAAAAUUCACGAUUGAAAAUGUGACCAGGACGAGAAUUGUGCUUGCUGACACGAAAGUGCACAUAUUGGGAUCUUUCCAGAACAUAAAAAUGGCUAGGACUGCAAUAUGCAACCUAAUCCUAGGAAGUCCACCUUCAAAGGUCUACGGUAACAUCAGAGCAGUGGCCAGUCGGGCAGCGGAGAGAUUCUAAUAUCUGGAGUUUCAUGGACAUCCUCUUUGAGACUGAAACACAUUGUAUGUGUGCAUUUGGCUUGGCAGAAAACUUUCUUUACAAGCCUGGUGGCAUAAAGUAACAGGAAUUAAUGGACUUCGGACUGCAUCCUCACCCUUAGUAUCUUAUACUGGGAAUUUCCAAAAGGAAAUUUUGGAAUCAUCUCAGUCCAUGGAUGGCUUUCAUUAACAAAUGACUUAUUGAUGUGGGAAAAAAUACAAAGUGUAUGUUAAAGCAACCAAACAAUUAUGGUUGUGACAUGUAUUGUUAGAAAGUAAAUGAGCUUCAAUAACAAGUUUCCAAUGGUUUAUUUAUGUACUCAUUUUCAUACAGUAUGAAUGUUCCAAUAGUUCCCACAGCACAUGAUGCAGCAUGCAGAGAAGGAAAAAGAAUUUAAACCUCAAAUUUGAACCAUUUUGUUUUCCCCACACAAACUAAAGAACUCAGUCCUUCAUAGGGAGGGAAUGGUAGCACUAAACAACUACAGCCUAGUUAACAUAUUACCUACACAGGAGAGAGCUGGGACUACUUUUACAUCACUUCUAUGCAAAAAAAAAAAAAAAA